AUGUUAGAGUUUUACCUUAUUAUCCAUUUUCUUUUCACAGUGAUGCAAUUUCUCAUCGGGGUUUUAGCAAAUGGCAUCAUUGUGGUGGUGAAUGGCACUGAGUUGAUCAAGCAGAGAAAGAUGAUUCCCUUGGCUCUCCUUCUUUGCUGUCUGGCGAUUUCCAGGAUUUGUCUACAGUUGGUCAUCCUCUGCAUGAAUCUGGGUACUCUCUUCUUGAUUGAAGUCCCCCUACUUGCUGAUAAUUUUGUAAUUUUCGUGUUUGUAAAUGAAUUGGGACUUUGGUUCGCCACAUGGCUUGGUGUUUACUACUGCGCCAAGAUUGCCCCCAUAACUCACUCAUUCUUCUUCUGGUUGAAGAUAAGGAUAUCCAAGUGGAUGCCAUGGCUGAUCCUCGGGUCCAUGAUGUAUGUAUCCGUCCCUUCUGUUUUCUGCAGCAAACAGAUAUGGGUUCAUUCCCAAAACGUUUUGUCCAGGCUUUUUUCCCCAAACGCAACUCAAAUCAAAGAAACAUCUGCUUUACAGAUUGUCUUUCUUAUUAGGUUAUUAUUGCCGCUGCUUAUCUUCCUCAGUUCCACCCUGCUUUUGAUAUUUUCCCUGGGGAGACACACCUGGCAGAUGAGAAACACAGCAACAGGCCCCAGGGACCCUAGCACAGGUGUCCACGUGAGCGCGAUCCUGUCCGUUCUAUCCUUCCUGGUCCUCUGCCUCUCCCACUACAUGGCAGCUGCUUUGCUCUCUUUUCAGAUCUUUCAGCUCAGAAGCCUCGUCUUUCUGUUCUGUCUCUGGGUGUUUGGGUCCUAUCCUUCUGGACACUCUAUGAUCUUAAUUUUAGGAAAUCCUAAACUGAAACAAAAUGCAAAGAAACUCCUCCUCCACGGGAAGUGCUGCCAGUGA